AUGCCCAAGGAGAAGCCGCUGUGGAGGCGCUGUGCCUUCCGCCUGUGUUUGCUCUCCGCGGCGCUCCUCUUCUGCCUGCAGCUCACCCUGGAACUGAGGCGCUCCUGGUCCUCAAGGGACAGUGAGGGGCAGGCCGGACGGCCCUCCACUAGUUCCCCACAGGGCUGGGCGGAUGCCACUGCGCUUCAGCAGCUGUUGCCAGGAGUGCACCCUCCUCCUGGGGUGCACCUGCCGCCAGGACACUCCAGGUCCCCAGCUGCCAGCAGGAGGCAGGUGACCUACGUGAGGAGCGGCCGCCGAGGGGAGGCGGAGCUGGGCUGCUGCCCCGCAGGAGGGAGCAGCCACAGAAAGUUACGUUGGCAUAUUGAUCUCCAGCCUUGGGCAAGUCCUUCUCAGUCCCUGAAUGAAGAAGCCAUGAGGUUCCUGAAAUAUAUCAGUACCACCCAGAUUUCAUGCAACCACUUGGUCCCAGGUGGCCUGAUAAGUGACUCUGGAAGUACAAAGAAGCCCUGGCCCAUCUGUCUUGAUGAUAAGUUCAGCUUGGCUCAUCAAAUCCAAAACAAGCGAUGCCGCCUUUACUCUUUGGGACUGGGAAAUGAAGACACUCAUUUUGAAUUAAACAUGGCCAGUGAUGGAUGUGAAGUGCAUCGUUUUGAUCCUAGUAUUAAAUCAGCUCAUGUCCAGGAGAGUCAACACCUUUGGUUUCAUCGCUUGUCCAUUGAUUGGAGGGAUCCUCAUCCAGCUAUUGCUGUCCAGAAGCUACACAGUAACACAAAGAAACUGGGAACCAUUUUGAAUGAAUUUGGACACAACAAGAUUGACAUCCUCAAGGCUGACCUGGAAAGUGCCGAAUGGAAAAUUUUGGAAAAUCUGAUCCUGGAAGGUGUUCUUGAACAGAUUGGACAGCUAGUGUUUGAGAUCCAUCUCCACUGGCCAGGGUUUGAGAUCAGUGGCAAUGACAGCGCUGUGGUACGCUUCUGGUACAGUCUUCUCAAAGAGUUAGAACUGAAGGAUUUUAAGCUCUUCCACACUUACAAAGACUUAUCCAAACCACAGCUCUUCCUAAAGAAAGAACUUUUCAAUGCAAGUAGCUGUUAUAUUCUCAGCUGGGUGAAUAUGAGAUGGAAAUGAAAUGUGAAGGAAGUUCAUGAGCACAAAUGAGUUGUUUAUUGUAAGAUAUGAAGCAAACAUUUAGAUAAUUACUGAAAUGUCUAGGACCUAUGAGAGACAGACACAUGGUGUAGAGCAGAGGUGUCAA